AAAACGACUUCUGGGAAAAAACGGCCAAACGGCCGUCGCAAGAUACCAUCUUCCUCCAAAGACAAGGAAGCGGCCUACUGUGCUGUCGAUGCUUGAGCAUGGAGUUCAGACCUCGCAACUACAUCGCCGAAAAAGGAGCCCACGCGCUUCCUCGCGUACUCGCCGACAGCCACCCUUUCUCCGCUCCAUCUUCUCCAUCUCAGCUCCAGGUUGAGGUCGUGGAUGAAGGGAAUGAGGAGUACUUUGACCCCCUCAGAAGGUCAGAUAACAAUGCCGAAGCUUCUAGAGAGGAUUUGGUGGAAAUUGAAACCAGUUCUACUGCAGGACUCUCUGGUGAAGCUUCUAUUCAAAAUCCGUCUAAAGAAUGGUCCUUUUUUAAGAGAUCCCUGAUGCAGAGGUUUCCAGUCUCCAAAACAGUUUUGACUUAUUCAAUGUCCGACAUGAUAGGGAAAGGCAGGAAAACACAUGAGAAAUCUUUGACAAGUAUGCAUUUGGAGGAAUUGGAAGAUCCAGAAAAAUUUGCAGAAGAGGGGGGCAAGGUCAUCACGGGCCAGGAAUAUGUUUCUCGGUUGCAUGAGCUUAAAGCUGAAUUAACUCAUGCAUGGCAUGCCGAUGAUCGUGUUACAUCCCUGAAAUUAUCAAUAAAAGUUGCUAGGCUUUUGAUGGAUACAUCUGUUUUACAAUGUUAUCCUACACUCUUUGCUAUUGCUACGGAUAUUUUGGAUAUUCUUGGGGAUAUGGUAUGGGAGCGAAUCAAGUUGAAAGCUGAAUUUACCGAAGAUGGUACCAGAAUCUUCUCCUUACCAGAGAACUUUUCAGCAAGUGACAUCUGCUUUGAUGCCAAAGAAACUUGCAACAACUGGUUCUGCAAAAUUGGUGCGGUCCGAGAACUUCUUCCACGCAUUUAUUUGGAGCUGGCAUUGUUGCCUUGUUGGCGUUUCUUAGUUGAUCAACCUCUCAACAGUCUCCGUCGCUUGUUAAUGAUGACAAGAGGGUUAGGAGAUCCAUUGGCUUCGGCCUAUUGCCGUCUGUAUAUGGCUCAUUGCAUGAGGAAGUUGCCUUCACAUGAUACAGGAUGUCUGCUCACCUGUGUGAAUGACUUGAAAAUUGUGUCGAUGAGGGUCAUGUCAGCACAGGAAACCUCUCAUGGAGCUGAAAACAGAAGAUUGGUUGUUAGUCUGAUGGAACCAACCAUUGAGUAUAUCAUGAAAUGCAUAUUUAGGGAUGCGUCUGAGAAACAAGUAGGUGAUGUACUCGUUGAGCUUGGAGUUGGGUUGAAUCAAAAGGAGUUGCUUGGAAGGUUCCCAUGUGUCUCGAUCGUUCUUCAUCAUCUACUCAAGCAACUUCCAUCUGAAGUAGUUAGCUCAAGGGCAGUGGAGAUCCUUCAGCUUAUUGAGUGCAGCAGGGAUGAUUCCCUUGAUCAGUGCUUGAAUUACAGGUUACUUGGAUUUAGGCUGUGUGAAAAAUCUCAAAUGGACACUGUCAAUGCUGUAGUGGACAAAAUCAUUGAGGUUAUUAUUGAAUAUGAUGGACUUGAUGACUACUUGAAGGUUGUGGAUGCUUUUGUGGAUAUUGUUCUACAAAAUCAUAUGGAUGACCAUCUAAGCUCCAUUUUAGAAGGCAUUUCAAAACGAGCAUGCACUAAAGGUUUUGCUGAUGAUGACCUGGCAACCUUGCAGUCCAUUUUGGUGAAGCUUCUUUCAUAUUGCAAGGACAUAGAAGACAUAUUUUCCAUGAAUCAUUUUCUCAAGAUCUUGGAUCUGAUGUAUGGAAAUUCGCGAAGCAUCGUCAAUAUCCAUAUCCUUGAUAUGGGGAUAAGGAAGGGUUGUAUACGUGAUCCAAGAACUAUACAGUUUCUUCUUGAAAUUUCUCAGGCUCUGCAUCACGACGAAAAUUUUGUGAAUCUAAAAGAUGAUAACCAACCAGGACGUUUGAUUUCUCAGUUUGUAUCUCUGGUUGAUUAUGGAGCAGAGAUUGAGAGUCAGUUGGCAUUCUUAGUUGAAUGUCGUGGAACUUUUGGUAGCAUACGCGGGCUUAAGGAAACUCUCAUUCACUCCAGUAAUUGUUUAGCGAUUAAGGCUUUGAAAGAUGAGAAACAUCUCAGUUUUGUCAAAUCCUGCAUAGCAUUUUCUGAAGUCACUUUACCUUCUAUUGCAAGCCAGAUUAGGCAGUUAAAUCUUUAUCUUGAGACCGCAGAGGUCGCUCUACUGGGUGGCUUAGUUUCUCAUUCGGAUGGAUUGAUUGAUUCCGCGAUCAACUCUUUGCCAAGUUUAGACAUAAUGGAUGGCUCCAGACUACCAAUUGAUACUGAUGCGGUACUCUCCUCAGUUCAAAAGUUAUUCAGCUUCUUGGUUAUGGUUCCAGGUAAUCCUGAAGAUGGAGUUACGUACUUUCCGAAGAACUUGGUGUUGCUACUUAACUCUCAGUCAUGGAUGACACCAAGAAUGAGGGUGAAAGUUUUUUGUGCAAUUAUUUCUCUGUUAGCAGCACUUUCUCAACGAAAUCUCCCUUAUCAUGCAGAUAGUGGAAAGCUUCUAGGAAAUGACGUAUUGUUCUUUGGUGAUUCAUCAUAUUUACAUGAGCUUGCGUCAUUUUGCGAGUUUGUUCUUCAGAACCUGGUUGAUGCCAUUCAACAAGAACCUUCCAAGGCUGCUCGCGGGAGCAUGGCGCUUGAAGCUUGCAACUGCAUUGCAUCAUCUUUGAUUCUAAGUCAGGAAAUAUCAUCAAUUUGCUCGAAUCUGAUAGAGACCGGCAAGUCGUGUAUGAGCACAAACAACAGAUAUCUGCAAUCGACAAUUAAAUUUAUGGAUCACUUGCAAGAUUCAUCUGUUGCUUUGUGGUAAAAUAUUAACGUCUUCAGUUCGUUGCAUCAUCUUUUUGCGUUUUUCCUCUCCCUGUACAUGUACAAACUUACAGCCAAAAGCCUGUACAAUUGUAACAUAUGCUAACAGACACAAGCCAAAAGCAUUUAUCUUCGAUUACGAAUGUGGUUGCUCGUCUGGUUGCAGUUUGA